GCCAUCACACAUCUGGUAUUUGUUAUUUGACCAUGUUUACAAAAAUCACUAUUUCAAUAUAAUCCCUUCAAACCACCUCUUGAUCUGUCCAUAAACAGUGAAUCAGAGAACAUUCAUUUAGCCUCCAAACUCGAAACAACACGCACCCACCUUUUCCUUUGUGAUUUCUUUACCUAGCAAGGCCCACAAUUUUACAUAUUUUAAAAAAAAUUAAAAAAAUUCACAUACUUGGUCAACCACACCAAUUUUUCUUGGAUCUUGCUACCAAACUUUGUGUUUUUGUCAUACCCCAAACCUUAAUUUGUUGAAUAGAUUUCUGGGUUUUUAAUCGUAAACUCCAAGGUAUUGAGUAGAGAGCUAGUAAAGCCCAAGAAAAUUGAUUCAACUAAGUAUUUUUGGGUUCUUGAACUGUUUUUCUUGGUAAAAUAUUUUAUGGGUUAUUGAUAAUUAGUUCCAAGAUUUGAUCUUUAAUCAAGAAUUCCAAUUUUUAGGGGUUGUUUAACUGUGUUUCUUGGUAAAAUAGUACUUUUGGGUUUUUGAUUGUGAACUCCGAGGUAUUGACAUUAGAGCCUAUAAUAUAAUUUAACUGAGUAACUUUUGGGUUCUUGAACUGUUUUUGUUGGUAAAAUAUUUUUGGGUUUUUGAUGAUUAGUUUUAGGUAAAUAGGCUGCGUAUAAAAGACCCUUUUGGUCCGGCCUUUCCCCAUAUCCGGUGCAUAGCGAGAGUCCGGCCUUUCCCCAUGCCAUGUGCAUAGUUUGUGGGGAGCUAUGAGUUUUAGAAGUAUGGAGGAGUUUUGGCCUCACUACAUGAACCAGCACUCAAGACCAGCAACAAGGCGUUGGCAUUUUGUCGGUACACUUUGCAGUAUGUUAUGUUUAGUGUAUACAGUGUUGUUUAACAAGUGGUUUGUGAUAUUUGUGCCAGUUCUUGGGUAUGGUUUGGCCUGGUAUAGUCAUUUUUUUGUUGAAGGGAAUGUUCCUGCAACAUUUGGACACCCUUUUUGGUCUUUGUUAUGUGAUUUCAAGAUGUUUGGUUUGAUGCUUACUGGUCAAAUGGAUAGAGAAAUCAAAAGGCUUGGGAAAAGGCCUGUUUUACAGGUUUAUUGAUAUACUUGUAAUUGCAUCAACAAAUGCUUUUUCUUUCUGUUCAGAUUUACAUAUUGAUAUUGGAUUGUCUAGACUUGUAUAUAACUCUACUGUUUUUUGUCAAUGUUGCAGUGUAACAUGUUUUUUUUUUGGGUUA